CACAGAGAGUAUCCAAGGUUUAUUUUCUGAUGUCGGGAUCUCUGUGAGAGACAAACGGGGAGCGAGAAGCGGCAUUUUUCUUCCUCACCCUGGAUUUUCAGACAAGCUGUUUCGCAAACUAAACCAUAGUCAGAAAUCGUUUUUCUUUUACAGUCUACAGAAGUGCAUGUUUUCUGUUUUAGCGGAUGGGAUGCGCGUCUUCUCACUAACCAACCGGCCCGCUGCUGUUUGACAUAUUUCCUCCCUCUAUACCCGAGCUGGAUUAACUCACCGGUUUUCCUUCUUACCGGGGGGAAGUUGGCCUCAUUAAAACUUUUUUCUGGCCGUAACGUACUUUGGAUGCUACGGAAAUGGGACAGCGCCAACGGGAGAGCGUGUCCGCGCUUUGCAGAAAAAGUUUGCUUUGGACGGUGCUGAUCCUCUGGCUGACCACGUUUGUGGACGGCACCUGGAAGACAGGACUUUACAAAACCUACUCAGCCGGGACGCAGCUGAGCAGAGACCAGACAGCAGCCUCUCACACCUCAGUGUAUCAGAAAAGGAACUGGUGCCCUCAUACGGUCACUAAGACAGUGACUUGCCAGGUACAGAAUGGGACAAUCCUGCAGCGCAUCUACCAGACAUGCCGCUGGCCGCAGGGGUGUACAGGAGGCAGCUACCGGACCGUGGUCAGACCUUCCUAUAAAAUUGUGUAUCGCACUGCAACCUCUCUGGAAUGGAAAUGCUGUCCAGGAUUCAGCGGCCCUGCUUGUGAAGAAGAGGCAGGGAGCCAGCUUGUAGCUCAGGAAGCAAUAAGGAAACCAUCCACACUACGCCGCCCGCCAACACGCACAGGAGAGUCGAUCUCUAAUUGUCUCAACUGCAGUCGAAUCACAGAGAUGAAUGACAAGCUGAGCUCACUGGAGGCAAAGGUCCAAUUACUUACUGCCCCGGCCUCCGUAUCACAUCGCCACCUUCAGGGCAAAGGGGGAACCGUGCCAGAGGCCUCCUUAUUGAUGGGGGCCAUGCCCUCUCAGGGAGCUCCUGGUGAGCAGGGCCCUGCAGGUCCUCAGGGAGAAAAGGGGAGAGAUGGACUACCUGGAAGAGAUGGGAAGCAAGGGUCUCGAGGGUUGCCAGGUCCCAGUGGGCCUCGGGGGGAGGCCGGGGUAAGGGGCCCAUCUGGAUCCCCUGGAUCGAAGGGAUACCCAGGACCAGCAGGGCCCCACGGUCCUCCAGGACACCCAGGAGAGAGAGGCCUACCAGGCCCUCCAGGGCCACCUGGCCCCCCAGCGCCAGCCAGUGCCCGCAUCCCAGACCCAGACCACAAUCGAGGAAAAGACCCCUUCUUCACCAACACUUUCCAUGACUCACGAGGGUUGCCUGUUCCAGGACCCCAGGGUCCCCCUGGGCCUAUUGGACCCCCGGGUCCCAAGGGCCCUGUCGGACCUCCUGGCCCACAAGGACAGAAUGGGAAACCUGGAUCUCUUGGAGCGCAGGGCCCUGUGGGGCCAAAGGGAGAACGUGGGGAGAGAGGUCCUUUAGGUUACCCAGGAGAGAGGGGCUUCAGAGGCGAGCCGGGAACGCCAGGUCCCAAGGGAGAGCCAGGAGAGAAGGGCUUGCCGCUGUCUGACUCCCUCUGCAAGCUACUGUCCCCAUGGCUACCUUUCACAGUCACCUUUUCAGCACCUGACUUUGGCAUAUACAUGGGGACGGAAUACAUCAGAUCAGAGAGGCGCUGAAGAUCUUAGCCGAGAGGGUUUUAAUCCUUGAGACUAUGAUCGGUAUUCAUGGUGAGUAGGAGGCCUGAGGCAGGGUCAGCUUUAGGCAGGGGUCAAAGGUGGGGGGCUCAAGCUCACCCACCGCAUCUCACUCCUGGGACAGGGAGUGGGAACAGUCGUGAGCAGCCCCAGGACUUGGGCUGGCGUUUCCACCCCCCCUCACACAGUCCCCCCUGUCAAUGCUCUCUAAUAGGACGUUAGCUUGCAGAUGUUCCACGACUUGCAGGCAGACCUUGAGCUUCUGGCUCGCAGGGUGACGCUGCUGGAGGCUAUCAUCUGGCCAGGUAACGCUGAGACAUCCUCACCCACAGCUCUGCCGGCCCUCCACAGAUAGCCACACUGACCCUUUCUGACACAAUAUAGAAAGUGUUGAUCGAGUAUUAGAUGUAUAAAAUGUAUAACCACGUUUUACCGAACUGCUGAAUGUUGAUCUAGUCACUGAAAAGUAAAUGUUUUGUAGAAAUGUAUUUUUAUGUAUGAGUUAUUUUGAUUGUUUCAAUCCCCUGAUACCAGUGCAGAUUUUACUUCAAUGUUGUGCAUAAUAAUAACCUGCUUUAUGUGUUAAUGUGUACCAAUGGAUGUCAAGUGUGUAAGUCUAGCCAGUAGUGCUGCAACAAUUAGUCAUUCAAUUGAUUAGAUGAUUCAAAUGUACAUUGUGCAAGAUAGUUGUCAAGAAAAAAUGUUUUUAAAAAAAUCAUUGGUUUGAAUUCUCAGAUGUAAAGAUUUGCAGUUUUUCUCUGCUUUGUGGUAUUUUAAAUGUAUCAUCUUUUGGUUUGGGAUUGUUGGUCAAACAAAACAUCCAAAUUAAGGACAUCACCUUUGGAUCUUGGAAAUUGUAAUUUUUUACUUUGUAAUGACUUUUUAAACUAAAAUAGAAAUAAAUAACUGAAAAAUCAUUGAUAAUGAAAGUAACCAUUAGCUGCAGCCCUACUAGCCAGACACACUCAUUAACAACAGAAUCAAGUAAAGAAGCAUUUGAUAAAUCCCUUGAGCACUGAUAAAUAAUUUGAAUAUAAAAAGUGGGCAGUUGAUGUCCAGUUAAAAUAAGAACCCAUUCAUGAUACCUCCAAUACAGAGCCACAUCAGAGUAGACUUGGAUAGAGUGCACACAGACAGGGAAGCCCUGUUCCAACUGCUGUCUUUCUUCAACAGAACCUGAUCUAGGGUCUGGGGAUGGACCGUUUGGCACAGCCUCCCCUAGUUUCUACAGAGAUAAGCGAGCAGGUGUGCUUCCAUAUCGACUUGCUUCUCCUCUGUCCUCCGACACCAAGGUUCGAGGGAAGUAGCCCCCCCUU